UGGGAGCAGACCCCCUCCCCAGGACUGAGCACGGCAUUAGUGAUGUCAGCAAUCAGCCUGACACACUAUAAAGACAGAGAGCGCAAUAAGAGUCCAAUAACAUUAAUAUCCCAUCUCCUCUCUCAGCGCCCUGCAUCACAACACUCUGGACUCUCGCUUGCGGUUCUCUGUUGAAACAUGACCAUUGGGAACAGCUCUAAUACCAACCCCACCAAAGUAUUAAGACCCCCUGCCAGCCCACGGAAAGGACCCCCCAAAUUCAAACAGAGGCAGACGAGGCAGUUCAAGAGCAAGCCUCCCAAGAAAGGAGUACUGGGUUUUGGGGAUGACAUCCCUGGGAUGGAGGGCCUUGGAACAAACUUCCAUGACAUCUGCCCAUGGGAAGCUUUCAGUCACUUGGAGCUCCAUGAGCUGGCUCAGUAUGGCAUCAUCUGAGGACAGCAGCACCUCCCUCCGCAGGACAUCAGCUCCCUGUGUAGAGCGCCGGUUCUCAUACUCUCUGCUGCAGCUGCUGUUUAGAUAAGAAGCAGCUCUCUACAAUGUGGCCGGACCGCAGUGCAAUGCCAGAAUCAAACCCAGGCUGUAUGAUCCUCUGGCUAGUGAGAACGCUGUAGCACCCCCCACCUCUUUGUGAAAUAUCUUUCAAUGUGUUUUGAAAUGCACCGCAGGACCACUCCCAUGUUGUGGUGUAUAUAUUUUAUUUUUUUCUGGCUUUGUGUAAAUGCAGGGCAGGUUAGUGUAGAAUCGCACUGGUGUUUGAGGUCAUGCCUUGUAUGCACUCAUGUAGUUUACAUGCCUGCUCUUCUGUUGCUGCAAAGUCUUCUCUCUUAAAUGAUGCAUGUCAAUGGCUGAACAACGAGUGCGAAGCCUGCUGAACUACCAGAGACCAAGCUGUAGGGUUUGUGGUUAUUAAAAUUAUUUUUUAUAUCAACUAUCCUAAGACUUGUAUUAUUAAUAGUUAUUUAUUAUUAAUUAUUGAAUAUCAAUCAAAAGUAGAUGUUCAUCAAAUUACAUUUAUUUAAAAGGUUAACAUCCAUUGGUUACUGAUAAUACAAAAACAAUACAGUUAUUGCAACAUAUAUCUUUAGGCAAAAUAUAAGAGUCAACUAGUUUUAAACAGUUACAAGAUAGGUAUGCAAUACCUACCUGAACCGGGAGCCAUUCUCACAGGUCAGGAUAGGUGUGCAAGAACUACCUGAACUAGGAGCUAUUCUCACAGGUCAGGAUAGGUGUGCAAGAACUACCUGAACUAGGAGCCAUUCUCACAGGUCAGGAUAGGUGUGCAAGAACUACCUGAACUAGGAGCCAUUCUCACAGGUCAGGAUAGGUGUGCAAGAACUACCUGAACUAGGAGCCAUUCUCACAGGUCAGGAUAGGUGUGCAAGAACUACCUGAACUAGGAGCCAUUCUCACAGGUCAGGAUAGGUGCGCAAGAACUACCUGAACUAGGAGCCAUUCUCACAGGUCAGGAUAGGUGUGCAAGAACUACCUGAACCGGGAGCCAUUCUCACAGGUCAGGAUAGGUGUGCAAGAACUACCUGAACCGGGAGCCAUUCUCACAGGUCAGGAUAGGUGUGCAAGAACUACCUGAACUAGGAGCUAUUCUCACAAGUCAGGAUAGGUGUGCAAGAACUACCUGAACUAGGAGCCAUUCUCACAGGUCAGGAUAGGUGCGCAAGAACUACCUGAACUAGGAGCCAUUCUCACAGGUCAGGAUAGGUGCGCAAGAACUACCUGAACCGGGAGCCAUUCUCACAGGUCAGGAUAGGUGUGCAAGAACUACCUGAACCGGGAGCCAUUCUCACAGGUCAGGAUAGGUGUGCAAGAACUACCUGAACCGGGAGCCAUUCUCACAGGUCAGGAUAGGUGUGCAAGAACUACCUGAACCGGGAGCCAUUCUCACAGGUCAGGAUAGGUGUGCAAGAACUACCUGAACCGGGAGCCAUUCUCACAGGUCAGGAUAGGUGCACAAUACCUACCUGAACUAGGAGCCAUUCUCACAGGUCAGGAUAGGUGCGCAAGAACUACCUGAACCGGGAGCCAUUCUCACAGGUCAGGAUAGGUGCGCAAGAACUACCUGAACCGGGAGCCAUUCUCACAGGUCAGGAUAGGUGAACAAUACCUACCUGAACUAGGAGCCAUUCUCACAGGUCAGGAUAGGUGCGCAAGAACUACCUGAACCGGGAGCCAUUCUCACAGGUCAGGAUAGGUGCACAAUACCUACCUGAACUAGGAGCUAUUCUCACAGGUCAGGAUAGGUGUGCAAGAACUACCUGAAUUAGGAGCCAUUCUCACAGGUCAGGAUUUGGAGGAUGUCGUCUCAGUCCUGAAUGAACCCAAUGAAUUGCAUCCUGGUCCAGUUCAUCUAUGCAACCCUCCUGUUUCUCAGCAGCAUAUCACCUCAUAUUAAGACAUCAUAAGGCUGACCCAGUUUCUCACCUUUCUAAAACAUGUGAUAUUACUAACACUCUUGUGAUGUACACGAUUUUACCUCCUGAUAUUCCAGGACUUGCUGACGGUAUUCAAUAGCAGGGUUUCCUGUGUUAGCAGGACCCAUGUUCUGGAGUUAGUAUAGUACAGCCAGUUUAACCCUUUUCUCCUCACAUGACAAGCACACAACGCAUUCUUAACAUGAACCCCUUCUUUAGUUCAUUGCUAACUCUACAAAGCUGCCUCUGCACUCCUCACACUCAGCAUGAAGCUUGUUUUUGUACUAGUUUACAUUCGUUAAGAGAUUGUCUUGUGUCCGUGUCCCUGACUGUAACUGAUAUUUCAAUAAAGCCUUUCUUUCUUUUA